UCGUCGAUGCCGGGAGCUCAAGGCUAACAUCACAAUCCUCAUCCCGUCUCCGCCCCCAGGCUGCACCAAUCCCAGUCCCCGCUUUGGCAUUGUUCAACCCUUCGUCCGGCCCCAAAUGCUUUCUGACUGGAUUUGUCCCUAGUGGCGUUCCGUCUUGAAGGCCUAAGCGCGGCCGUCAAGUGAGGUAGGGGAGGUGACAGGAGAGACCUGGACCAAAGCAGGAGCCGGGCGGCACUUAGCAGCAGCAGCAGGACGUGGCGGCGGGGCCAUGGUGGCGGCGGCGGCGGCAGCAGCAGCAGUAGCAGCAGGAGCCUACGAGAAUCUGAAGCUGCACAUAACACCAGAAAAGUUUUAUGUGGAAGCUUGUGAUGAUGGAGCAGAUGAUGUACUUGGCAUUGACAGAGUCUCCACAGAGGUCACUCUUACAGUUAAGAAAGAUAUUCCACCUUCAGCAGUUACCAGGCAGAUAUAUGGCAUUUUGGGAACAAUCCGUCUAGUGGCAGGCACAUACCUUAUUGUCAUAACAAAAAAGAGAAAAGUGGGAGAAUUUUUCAGUCAUGUAGUCUGGAAGGCAACUGACUUUGAUAUCCUCUCUUACAAAAAGACAAUGCUGCAUUUAACUGAUAUUCAGUUACAGGACAAUAAAGUAUUUUUAGCAAUGAUUAGCCAUGUAUUGAGCGUGGACGGAUUUUAUUUUUCUACAACAUACGACUUAACGCACACCUUACAACGGUUGGCUAAUACCAGUCCAGAGUUUCAAGAAAUGAGCCUGCUAGAGAGGGCAGAUCCACGGUUUGUAUGGAAUGGGCAUCUUCUUAGGGAAUUUGCUGCUCAGCCUGAGCUCCAUAGGUUUGCUAUUCCAGUUAUGCAUGGAUUUAUUAUUAUGCACUCUUGUUCCAUUAAUGGAAAAUAUUUUGACUGGAUUCUUAUUUCCCGAAGAAGCUGCUUCAGAGCUGGUGUGCGCUACUAUGUGAGAGGUAUUGAUUCUGAAGGUCAUGCAGCUAAUUUUGUAGAAACGGAACAGAUUAUACAUUACAAUGGGAGCAAAGCUUCUUUUGUCCAGACGCGAGGAUCAAUUCCAUUUUUCUGGUCACAGAGACCAAACCUCAAAUAUAAACCAAGACCACAGAUCAGCAAAACAAUAAAUCACAUGGAUGGCUUUCAGAGACACUUUGAUUCUCAGAUUAUUAGCUAUGGAAAACAAAUGAUUGUUAAUCUGGUUAACCAAAAGGGCUCAGAAAAGCCUCUUGAACAAACAUUUUCAAAAAUGGUAAACAGCUUGGGAAAUGGAAUGGUCAGAUAUGUAGCAUUUGAUUUCCAUAAAGAAUGCAGUCAUAUGAGGUGGGAUCGGCUGCAGAUUCUAUUGGAUCAACUAGCUGAACAACAAGAUGAAUUUGGCUACUUUCUAGUUGAUUCUGAUGGAAAGGUGGUAACGCAGCAAGAGGGAACAUUCCGCAGUAACUGUAUGGACUGCCUGGACCGUACGAAUGUGAUUCAGAGCCUUUUAGCACGUCGUUCUCUCCAAGCACAGCUGCAGAGAUUAGGCGUUUUGCAUGUGGGCCAGAGACUUGAAGAACAAGCAGAAUUUGAGAAACUUUAUAAAAAUGCAUGGGCCGAUAACGCAAAUGCUUGUGCCAAACAAUAUGCUGGAACGGGUGCCUUAAAGACAGACUACACGAGAACUGGAAAGAGAACUCAGUGGGGCCUACUAAUGGAUGGUUGGAAUUCACUAAUUCGGUACUACAAAAACAACUUUUCUGAUGGAUUCAGACAGGAUGCUAUAGAUCUAUUUCUUGGAAAUUAUUCCGUGGAUGAAGUAGAUUCUCUCAGUCCUCUUCAUGUGCAGCGGGAUUGGAAAUUUUUGGCUUUGCCUAUUAUUAUGGUGGUUGCUUUCUCAAUGUGCAUUAUCUGUUUGCUUAUGGCUGGUGACACUUGGACAGAAACACUGGCCUACGUGCUGUUCUGGGGAAGCGCAAGCUUUGGAACUCUUGCUAUCAUCCUUUACAAUGGCAAAGAUUUUGUAGAUGCUCCCAAACUAGUCCAGAAGGAGAAGAUGGACUGAAUUUGUGUGUGUGGAAAGCGGCUUGGUAGGGAUGACUCCUCAAGUCACUCCUGGAAUCUCUACUGACCUGCUUUCCACACCAGCUCGUGGUCUCUUUUUAGCUUUCAUCUUGACAGGGUGAAAAAGUGGAUCCAAUUUAUUACUUGGUGGAGGGUAUUGACUGUUUGGUUCUAGAGUCACAAUGAUCUUAAAAGUAUUGCAUUUGCUGGAGAGCUUGCACAGUAACACUAGGGAGAUUAAGAGACAAAAGCAAAACACUGUGGAUAGAGUCUUAAUAGGAUUCAGGUUUGACAAACUUUACAUUGCAGCAGUAUAGCCUUGUAAAAAUGUUCAGAUAACUCAAGCUUUGAAAGGAUAUGCUGCUGUUCUCAAUAUCACAAGAGCUAAUUUGCUGCAGGAUUAUCUUAACUAAGCUACAUUAUCUGAUACUAGUAAAAGUCUAGCUUAUUAAGAAUAACAAACAUUGCUGCUGAAUUAAACUUGUAGUUGAGUGCCCAUAUAGUCAAGAGAACAGUUUCUUUGCAAGUGCAGGGUUGUAUGUUCUUGUCCCCUAUGGAUUUUCUUUGUUCCUAGUGGAGAAUGUGAUUUUUUUCAUUUCUCUCCCAUGGGAAGGCAAGUCUCUCCUGUUAGUUUUGGGACAAUGUUGAUGCAAUAUUUUGUUAAAUCAUUGUUGAGAGGAUGAGGUGUUCAACAGACUUUGUGUGGAACACUUCUUGUGUGCUUUAAUCACAGUCCUUAAGCUUAGAAACAAAUUUCAGUGUGAUUCAAACUGUUUUGUCCUUUUAAAGAUGUAAAUGGAAUCAAAGAAUGUAAAACUGUUUAUUUGAACCCUCUUAUGCUAAAGGUCCAAAGUAUUAAGUUUCUUUUUGAAGAAUGUCAAAUGUAGAAGAUGCUACUUAGUUUGGCAAACCAACAGGUACUUACACUGCCUUGGCUUCAGAGGGAUAUUCUGUGGAGGAACAUUCGAUGCGAUUUUCGGGCAAAAUUCCAUUUUUGCACUUGGGAUCAUCAUUAGCUUGCUUUACAUGCAUGCUACUACAUUUCUCUACAAUUGUAACUUUCUCUGAAAAUGAUUAAACUAUAAGACUAGCCUUGUGUUGGUUAUCAAUAAAUGUGUGUCUCAACUUUAGUGCUUCCAAGCUUUAUAUUAAAACUAGAUCUAAAUCAAGGACCAAUUUUAAAAUACUUUGUCAUUCAUUUUCUAACUACAUGUGUUCAGAUCCAGACUUGAACCAGCUUCAGGUGCUGUGCAUUAUUAUAUUUCUUGUAAGUAUAGCUGUAUAUUCAGGAUUGCAAUUAUGAAUAUAUAUUAGAACAUGUAGAUAACCAGGGUUAAUGCCGUUUCAGUCCAAGCUAAAAUCCAACUCACUGCAGUGUUUUCAUUGUAUGACAAUUGAGAUACUAUACAAUCUUUGCAAAUGGCAACUGUCCACCUUAAUCUUUGAAUGUCUGAGGGGCUCUUUGGUUUUGUCUAAAUAUAACCCUCUCACAAUCACCUGUAAUAUACACACUUCCUCUGUGAAUUUUAGUUAAUGCAGUGGAAAGAAUGGUCAGUGGUGUUUGAAAAAUAAAUUCAAGUUGUUCACCCAAAUGUGUGGAAAAUACAGGCAGGGAGUGCAUUUAAUAGCUGGUUCCAUUGUCAGACAGUGUCUUUUUAAAUGACUCCUCCUUGAUUCUAAUCGUGCAUUACCCAUUAAAAACUGGUUGCAAUGAUAAAGAAAACUUGGGCUUCUAGCAUUGCUAGAAAAGAGUUAAAUUUCUGCAGGUUUGAAGGAAGGAUGUCUAUAUUCCUGUGCUUUGUAAAGAAGUUGCAUUUCUAAGUCCACCUCCAGUGUACUCAAACCAGUAAUAAAACUUCAAUCUUUUCUAAGAACUGA